UGUUUGUUUUGGUAUACGAAUUUUCCUCGCGCAUUUCCUCGAUUUCCGUGCUUACAUAAAAGUUCCAAUUAAAUCCGGAGUGCAAGCGUAACGAAUCGGCUGCGACAAAUCCGUUCAAAAAACUGAAAAAUCCCAACAAUUUUCGUGAAAAAAGGAAUUUUUCAACAAAACGGGUCAACGGGAGACAAGACGAGACGAAGUGUGUUGGCUGAACUAUGACUAAGCGCUUAAUUAGAUUGAAAUUUUCCUUUUCGUGUGUGUAAUUAAAAAAAAUAACAAAAGAGGAGAUUUCUCCACAGAAAAAAAAUUCAAAAAAAAUUAAAAUAAAAAAAAAAUAUUUAAAGAAUGAUUCAUCAUUCGAACAGCAGUUCACAUGUCUCAAGCAACAGCUCGAUGCCGAACGUUCCGCCGCGACGUCGUGCCAACUCGGUGCAGCCCAAUCAUCGUCCCGCCAUCGAAUUUGUCCCGAGACGAUCGCUAAUUGCGCCCAACGACGAGGGUGUCAGUCAACUGCGCAUUCGAGUAAUUGCUGGACAUGAACUCGCUAAAAAAGACAUUUUUGGUGCAAGUGAUCCCUAUGUCCGAAUCGACUUGAACACCAUUUACGGCGACAUCAAUAUCGACUCGGUGCACACAAAAACGAAGAAAAAGACCCUCAACCCGAAAUGGGAGGAGGAAUUUGUGUUUCGCGUCAAGCCAAACGAGCACAAACUCGUGUUCCAGGUAUUCGAUGAGAAUCGCUUUACGCGCGACGACUUCUUGGGCAUGGUUGAGUUGACGCUCGCUCAGCUACCCAAAGAGCAGGAAGGACGUGUUAUUCAGAACAAGACGUAUCAGUUGAGACCGCGCAGGUCAGUUGGUGUUCGUUCCAAAGUGCGCGGAAUGCUGGAGAUUUAUCAUGCCUACAUCCGCGAUUUGGAUGCCGCCCCUGAGCCAGACUGGGAAAUUGUCGAUACAAACGAAACCAAUAGCCUAUACAGUGCCAAUUCGUCGAGUCAGGAUCCGCUGCCCUUCGGAUGGGAAGAGCGACAAGACGCCAACGGGAGAACGUACUACGUGAAUCAUGUUGCGCGCUCGACACAAUGGGAACGACCGACGGUUACCAGCAAUUCAACGAGCGUAGAACAGACACAACAACAAAACAACGACGAAGCAGCUGCAUUCCAAAGGCGCUUUCAUAUUAGUGUGGAUGAUGCUGACUCUAGAAGUUUAAAUAAUUCAAAUCAGGAGGAUUCGCCGCCUCACAUUUCCGUCGUCGAUACCGAUGACGGCGAUGUCAUUUCCGACACUGUUGCGCCUCCCGAAACCAUUAUCGAAAAUUUGGCGGAAGCCAUUGACGACGAAUCCGAUGCCGAAAGUCGUUUAGAGACGCCGCCAUUGCCCGACAAUAGCUUAGAACGUAGUAGUAACGAAUUAGUUGUUGACAUUAGAGUUACGGGACCGAGUGAGAGUCAUGACGACGACGUCGAUGUCGAAGUCGAGCUAACGUCCCUUUUUGCCGACGACGAAGACCGAGAAGAGGAAGACACAAGUACCUCACAAAAUCCGCCGAGCGAUUCGUUAGUCGAAGAAUCCGCGGCGACGUCACCUUUACCUUCAAAUAUUCCUCCUAGACGACCUGCUCCAAGUAUUCCCGCUGGCUUGGGCGGCAUUAAACGUGCUGCGCCUCUGCCUCCGACGUCUUCUAGCGCUAAUGAAGCGACUUCUUCUAGUAAUAAUACCGAGGCUAAUAUUAACGGGCGAGAAAAUUCGGAGGACGACGUUGACAGCACAUCCGAGACACAGUCGAGCGCCAACAACAAUCAAGGUCGAUCCAUUUCCUCCCAAUCUCGCACGAGUUCCAUCGAUGAGAACAAUUCGGCGAAUGCUUCGCCCGCGCCAGCUGCAAGAAAUCAACUUUCGGGCGAGGGACUUCCGUCGGGGUGGUCGAUGCAACUUGCGCCCAAUGGCAGAAUCUUUUUCAUCGAUCACGUGAACAAGAAAACGUCGUGGGUCGAUCCGCGUACGGGAAGAGCAAGUCCCAUGCCAAAUACAACGAGCGCCGCGCCAGUUGAACGGAAAUCCGAAGACGAAUUGGGACCGUUGCCCGAGGGAUGGGAAGAGAGAAUUCAUUCGGAUGGCAGAAUUUUCUUCAUUGAUCACAAUACUCGAACAACGCAAUGGGACGAUCCCCGAUUGUCAAAUCCCAACAUUGCGGGACAAGCUGUACCUUAUUCGAGAGACUACAAACAAAAAUACGAGUAUCUCAAGAGUCAAUUACGGAAACCGACAAACGUGCCUAACAAAUUCGAGAUCAAAGUACGUCGGGCCUCCAUUCUCGAGGACUCGUAUCGCAUCAUCAUGGGUGUCAGCAAGGUAGAUUUGCUCAAAACGAAGCUCUGGAUCGAAUUCGAGGGCGAAGCAGGUCUCGAUUACGGCGGCUUGGCACGCGAAUGGUUCUUCCUGCUGUCCAAAGAGAUGUUCAAUCCGUACUACGGGCUCUUCGAGUAUUCCGCGAUGGAUAAUUACACGCUUCAAAUCAAUCCGUUCAGCGGUUUGUGCAACGAAGAGCACUUGAAUUACUUCAAAUUCAUUGGACGCGUCGCCGGAAUGGCAGUUUAUCACGGAAAACUCUUGGAUGCGUUCUUCAUUCGUCCCUUUUACAAGAUGAUGUUGCAAAAACCGAUCGAUUUGAAGGACAUGGAGUCGGUCGACAUGGAAUAUUACAAUUCGUUGCAGUGGAUCAAAGAAAACGAUCCAAGCGAAUUGGGUUUGACGUUCUGCGUCGACGAAGAAACGUUCGGACACACAAGUCAACGCGACUUGAAACCCAAUGGAGGUAGUAUUGAAGUGAAUGACGAGAACAAAGACGAGUAUAUUCGUCUCGUGAUCCAAUGGCGCUUCGUUUCGCGUGUUCAGGAGCAGAUGCAGUCGUUCUUGGAGGGCUUUGGAUCGAUUGUGCCGUUGCAUUUAUUGAAAAUUUUCGACGAAAACGAGUUGGAACUCCUCAUGUGCGGCAUCCAGAACAUCGACGUGAAGGAUUGGAAACGAAACACGCUCUACAAAGGCGAUUAUUACGCAAAUCAUGUGAUAAUUCAGUGGUUCUGGCGUGCGGUAUUGUCUUUUAGCAACGAAAUGCGCGCCAGAUUACUGCAAUUUGUGACGGGAACAUCUCGUGUACCGAUGAAUGGGUUCAAGGAAUUGUACGGAAGUAACGGGCCGCAAAUGUUUACGAUCGAAAAAUGGGGAAUUCCCGAUAAUUAUCCUCGAGCUCAUACAUGCUUCAACCGAUUGGAUCUCCCCCCAUACGACAGUUACUUACAACUCAAGGACAAAUUGAUCAAAGCCAUCGAAGGAAGUCAAGGAUUUGCUGGCGUUGACUAAACUGCGCUCACAUAAAAUAAACCUUAAAUCACCUUUAAAAAAAAUCAAAAAACCGAAAAUUCCAUGUAAAUUUAAAGAAAAAACGAGAAAAAAUUGUUGAGAGAGCAAAAAAGAACAAGAACCAAACAUCACUAUAUGCUAAAGGAAUUAAAUACUUACGAUUUAUUAUAUAUUUAUGAAUUAUUACAAAGAUGCUUUUACGACAUUUUAUUGUGUUUUCGUAAAUAAAAUUAAUGUUUGAGGGCGAAACUGGGCACGUUUGACCGUAAGUUGUUUUUUUUUAAAAGAUAAUUCAAUGUUUGAAAAGUGCCUUGCAAAGUUUUUGUCUCUCCCUGGUGCUUCUUCUUCGUACACGACAUUUUAGAAUU